AUGGUGGGAAUAAAGAGUCCCUCAGCCCCUCGGAUCCACACUCACCCUUUCCUGGCCUCCUGCCCAAUUACCAAGCCACCAAUUAACGAUUCCCUGCUGCUAAUUAAUGAUUCCUCCUUGCUGUUCUGUUGCAGGGCAACCAUCGAUGAGGUGGAAACAGAUGUGGUGGAGAUCGAGGCCAAGCUUGACAAGGUGAGCUCUGAGGGGGACUGGUGGAGUCCCUGCUCAGGAAUGGGGUCCCUCCAAUUUUAUUGUAUUUUUUUUUUUCAGGAGUGCCUGGAUAAAUUUGGGGACAGCCUGCAGGAAAUGAUCAAUUAUCACAUGAUCCUGUUUGACCAGGCCCAGAGGUCGGUCCGGCAGCAGCUGCACAAUUUUGUCAAAGACGACGUGAGGAAGUUCAAGGAGACCAAGAAGCAGUUCGACAGGGUGCGGGAGGACAUGGAGAUCUCGCUGGUGAAGAACGCGCAGGCGCCGCGGCACAAACCCCACGAGGUGGAGGAGGCCACGGGCACCCUGAGCAUCACCAGGAAAUGCUUCAGGCACCUGGCCCUGGACUACGUGCUGCAGAUCAACGUGCUGCAGGCCAAGAAGAAAUUCGAGAUCCUGGAUGCGAUGUUGUCCUUCAUGCACGCCCAGUUCACCUUCUUCCAGCAGGGCUCCAGCCUCCUGCAGGAGCUCGAGCCCUACAUGAAGAAACUGGCCAGCGAGCUGGACCAGCUGGUGAUCGCGUCGGCCGUGGAGAAGCGGGAGAUGGAGCACAAGCACGCGCUGAUCCAGCAGCGGACCCUGCUGCAGGAUUUCUCCUACGACGACCCCAAGAUGGAAUUCAACGUGGAUGCCCCCAACGGGGUGGUGAUGGAAGGUUACCUCUUCAAGAGAGCCAGCAACGCCUUCAAAACCUGGAACAGGAGGUGGUUUUCCAUCCAGAACAGCCAGCUGGUCUACCAGAAGAAGCUAAAGGACGUGCUGACCGUGGUGGUGGAGGACCUGAGGCUCUGCACGGUCAAACCCUGCGAGGACAUUGAGAGGAGGUUCUGCUUCGAGGUCGUGUCCCCCACCAAGAGCUGCAUGCUGCAGGCUGACUCGGAGAAGCUGCGGCAGGCCUGGAUCCAGGCUGUGCAAGCCAGCAUCGCCUCCGCCUACCGCGAGAGCCCCGACUGCUACUACAGCGAGGUGGGUCUGCAGAGAGGGCUCCACACUGUCUUCGUGCAGAGCUUUGAGAAAUCUUCACAGCUCGGGAAAGGGGGGAGAGCUGGCCUAACCUCAUUAGGGGAAUUGUGGGCCUGUGGAAUUGUAAUAAUUCCUGGAUUUUCUCCCUCUUGGCUGAACAGGAGCCUGGGUGUUCACUGCUCCAAGGUCCGAUCCCUCACGCUGGAUUCCUGGGAGCCAGAGCUGCUGAAACUGAUGUGUGAGCUGGGCAACAGCACCAUGAACCAGAUUUACGAGGCACAGUGUGAGGAGCUGGGGCUGAAGAAACCAACAGCAGGGAGCUCCAGGCAGGACAAGGAGGCCUGGAUCAAGGUGAAGUACGUGGAGAAGAAGUUCCUGAAGAAGCUGCCGGGCGGGGAGGUGUUGGCCGAGAGCGAGCGCAAACCGCGCCGCUGGUGCGUCAAGAAGUGCCAGCGGCACCACAGCGGCUGCCGGGCGCCGGCGGCGCGCAGGAAAUUCCGCCAGGAGCCCGGGAGCGCCGCGGCCGCCGUGCUGGCCUCAGCAGCCACGCUGGAGAGGAAAUUCUGCCGGGAUUCUCUGUUUUGCCCCGAUGAGCUGGACUCCCUCUUCUCCUACUUCGACACCGGCGCCGGCUCCGGCCCUCGCAGUCUGAGCAGCGACAGCGGCCUGGGCGGCAGCACCGACGGCAGCUCCGACGUGCUCGGCUUCGGCGCCGUGGUGGACAGCGUCACCGAGGAGGAGUGCGAGGUGUCGGAGGACUCGAGUGGAGAGGCCGAGCUGGAGCCGGAGGCGUCGGAUGCGGAGGAGGUGCGGGAGCCGGCGCUGGCGCUGUGCCGGGCGGCGCGGCGCCGGGCGCUGCCGGCGCUGGCCGCGGCGCUGGCCCACGGCGCCGACGUCAACUGGGCCAACGAGGAGGACGAGGGCAAAACGCCCCUGAUCCAGGCCGUCAGCGGGGGCUCCUUGCUGGCCUGUGAGUUCCUGCUGCAGAAUGGGGCUGACGUGAACCAGCGGGACGCGCGGGGCCGGGCGCCGCUGCACCAUGCCACCUCCCUGGGCCACACCGGGCAGGUGUGCCUGUUCCUGAAGCGUGGGGCCACUCCGGACACGCCGGACGGCGACGGGCAGGACCCGCUGAGCAUCGCCGUGAGCGCCGCCAACGCCGACAUCGUCACCCUGCUGCGUCUGGCGCGGAUGAACGAGGAGAUGCGCGAGGCCGAGGGGCCCCUGGGGCAGCCCGGGCAGUUCCCGGGCAGCAGCCCCACGGAGCUGCAGUACAGGAAAUGCAUCCAGGAGUUCAUCAGCCUCAACAUCGACGAGACCUAGGGACAAACCUGGACAAAGCCACGGAUAUUUGGGAUAUUCUGUGUUUUCCCUGCUGGUUGCGAUGCCCGCGCCCCCCUGGCAGGCGUCGCUUCUGCGGGAGUUUUGAUUUUUUUUGUUGUUUUCCUGUGGGGUUUUGGGGGUUGAGUUCUCAUGUUUGACUACUGGAUGGUUGAAUUUGGGGUUUUUUGGGGGGGUUUUUUUUUGGAGGAGGAGGAGAUUCCCAGGGUGCGACUGCACGUUGUGGCACGUGGGGUGGAGUGUGGGAGGUGAGCUUAGAGGUUAAAAAAACAACCAAAAAAAUAAGGAAAAAAAAACUCAAAAAGAGAAGAAAAGGAAAAACCUUCUGUGGCCAGGAGAGAGCCACCAACGUCAGGAGCGGACUGAGGCGCUGGCCUGGGAUUCCAGCAGGGAUCGUGGCUGGAGCCUGCUCUGCCCCAGGAGGACUCCGAGGUGCCCCCCAGGCUGGUUUUGGGGCAGGGAUGCUCCAGAGGCCCGGCGGGAUCGGGAUUGGGAUCAGGAUCGGGAUCUCCGGCGGCUCCUGGCCUUUUGCUGCUCUUAGGACCGAACCAGCCAUGCUGCCCCGACUGCUGCCUGGCUGCUCAAAGCCAUCGUUGUUUCCGUCCUGCUGGAAUGCCCGGAAGGAUUCCCAUCCCACAGCAUUCCUGCAAGGAUUCCCACCCUGCUGGAUUUCUGCAAGGAUUCCCAUCCCACUGGAAUUCCUAAAAGGAUUCCCAUCCCACUGGAAUUCCUGAAAGGAUUCCCGUGCCACAGGAUUCCUAAAAGGAUUCCCAUCCCACUGGAAUUCCUGAAAGGAUUCCCACCCUACUGGAAUUCCCAGAAGGAUUCCCAUCCUGCAGCAUUCCUGAAGGGAUUCCCAUCCCACUGUAAUUCCUGAAAGGAUUUCCAUCCCACUGGAAUUCCCAGAAGGAUUUCCAUCCCACUGGAAUUCCCAGAAGGAUUCCCAUCCUGCAGGAAUUCCCGGAAGGGUUCCCAUCCUGCUGGAAUUCCUGGAAGCAGCAGCGCUGAUCCCUGUCGCUGGCGAUGGGCUCGGGGCAGGGAGGGAAACCAGCUCCAGCUGCUUGGUGCAAUUAUCCCAGAAUCCCAGAACCCAAUUAUCCCAUUAUCCCAGAAUCCCAUUAUCCUAGAAUCCAAUUAUCCUAGAUCCCAUUAUCCCAAAUUCCCAUUAUCCCAGAAUCCCAUUAUCCCAGAUCCCAACCUGCUCCCAAAUCCACCCUAAAUCCCAGGCCUGCAAUCCCGGCACAGUUAGGAUGGGUUUGGAGCUGAUCCCAAAUCCCAAACCCAGCCUAAAUCCCAGGCUUGCAAUCCUGGCUCAGCUAGGACGGGUUGGGAGCUGAUCCUGCCCCUAAGCCCAGCCUAAAUCCCUGUGUCCCCCCAGCAGGACCCCCCAGCUCCCUGUGGUGCCCCCAGCCCAGCCCCUGGAGCUUUCCAGGACCCCAAAUCCCGCCCUGAUCCCAGCCUGGAUCUGGGAUUUGGGGCAGCCCUGCAGGGAAUUCCCUCUCCAGCCCCGUCCCACCCUGCCCGCCCCUCCACGCGGGGAUUUCUCGGUGCUGAGUCUUGUCAGGGGCCUUCAAAGCUCUUGGAGCAAAGGAGAAUUUUCACUUGUGGGAGAGAAAGAGAAUUUUCACAUUUCAGAAAGGGAAUUUACACAUCGGAGAGAGAGAGAAUUUCUACAUUUGAGAGUGGAGGAGAAUUUUCACAUUUGAGAGCAAAGGAGAAUUUCGACAUUUGAGAGAGAAAUUUCACAUUUGAGCGAAAGAGAAUUUCUGCAUUUAGGAGAGAGAAUUUCUUCACAUUUGAGAGAGAAUUUCUUCACAUUUGAGAGCAAAGGAAAAUUUUCACCAUUUGAGAGAGAAGGACAAUUUUCACAUUUCAGAGAGAAUUUCUUCACAUUUGACAGAGAAGAAUUUCUUCAGUCUUGAGAGAGGAGUAGACUUUUCCCAUUUGAGAGAGAAUUUUCCCAUUCGAGAGAGAAUUUUCACAUUUGAGAGAGAAUUUCUUCACAUUUGAGAGAGAAAGAUAAUUUUCACCAUUUGAGAGCAAAGGAGAAUUUUCACAUUUGAGAGAGAAUUUUUUCGCAUUUGACAGCAAAGGAAAAUUUCUUCACUCUUGAGAGCAAAGCACAUUUGAGAGAGAAGGAGAAUUUUCACAUUUGAGAGAGAAGGAGAAUUUCUUCACUCUCGAGAGAGAAGGAGAACUUUCACCAUUUUCCACCAUUUUCCAGUUUUCCCCAGGAGAAUUUCCCACUCAGCACGGCCAUGAUUUGACUUUUUAACCAACUUCAAACUGAUUUUCAAGCCCCUCAUUGCUUUUACCACCUUUUUUAGGAGUUAAAAACCUGACUGAUCCUUCUGAGAACCGAGCAAAACCGCGACUUCCGCUUUUUGGGUCGUUUUAUUUCACUUUUUUUCCGGGAAUUCUGGCCAGAAAUCCUGGCCAGGCUGCACCCUGGAAGCUCAGACUCACUGCUGAAGUUGGGGAAAAAAAUGUAAAUAUCGAUGCAAAAAGAAUCAUCUUGCCAGACAAUGGAUUUAUUUAAGAUGUAUUGGUACUUUUAAAUAUUUAGAGUCAAUGUAUAAAAAGCAACUUGGUGCACUUUUCCUACCUGACAGUAUUUUGGGGGGGGUUUAAUGUUUUUUUGUUAAGGGUUUUGUGCUGUCUUUUUUAAUCCGUGGAAUUGUUAAGUAUUUAAUUUAUUCUUAUUAUUGAUGUGCCCAGAGGACUGUGCAAUUUUUAUUCCAUGCAGUUGGUCUGUAUUUAAUGUCAGGAUUUUUUCCCCCCCUUUGUAGAGUUUUUAGGGAAUAUUUUUCCAAAAAUUGCCUUUUUUUUGUUCCCUUUUCUUCCCCUCCUUUUUCCCUUUUGUGUUCAUGUCACAGCUCCUGAGGCAUCCAAAGCCUCAAAUUUGAGAUCAAUGCCCUGAAUCCCCAAACCAAACAUUUCUCCAGGAAAAACAAAAGUGAAGGAUGCACUUCUCCCUA